CGGUGGCCAUGGCAGCUGUUCCACCCAGUCAUCGAGAGUUUUUUGUUCAGCUGUCCAAAGGUCGAAUUGUUCUAGUGUAUCUUGGUCCCAGUCUGGAACUGCUGGAUCUUCGACUGCAGAAGGGCGCCUCACCCGGCGUCAGCGUCGACGACUUGCAGGGCUUCGCGUUGAACUCCAAGGGCCGAGAGCUUCGGAAGGCCAUCGAACGCCUCGGGCGGAGCUGCCAGGGUGAACUCGAAGAGAAGCUGCAAAAGCUCACAGGUCACUGGCGUCGCACCCAACGGAGCGCGGCGAUUCUGGUGGCCACUGUGGCCACGCGCCCAGCGCCGCGAGUCUUCGUGGAGGACAUCGGGAGCAACACGGCGGAGCUGUCCUGGGAACUGCUGGAGGAAAGCAACGAAGGUUUUUUUGAAGUCGCCCUGUUUGGCUAUGACCGCUCCUCACGGCUCCGUGAUGGCCACGAUGGCCCUUCCCUUGCCAAACUGGGAAACUUCCGCGUGGAAGGUGGCCACCUAGCGCGUCGCUUCCGGCUCCAGCACUUGGAGGAGCUGCGCUGGUAUCGCGUGAAGCUGCGCAUGCUGGCGCCUCAAAGGCGAUGGAUGUCGGAGUGGAGCAACGAAGUCUCCUUUCGGACGCUCAGCUGUGGUGCGGCAAGGGCGGCCGGGCGCCUAGUAGGCUCCAACAAUUUCUUGGUGAAAUCCGAGCGUUUGCUGCGGCUGUGCGUUGAUGACAGCCAGCUUGAAGAGAACGCCACAGAGAUUGAACGCUUGAAGGUUCAAUUCGUCAGAGAUCUCUUUGGAACGGCGGGUUCCCAAAGCAGUGAGGUGGCGACCAACAAUCUGCUGGAUGCGCGCUACUGCCAACGUGGCUGGCCAGACUUCGUGCAGCACGGUGCACGCUACUCGCGUCCGCCCCAACAACGAGAGGAACGACUUCGGCGCAUGCGCUUGGCGAUUGCUGCGGAGGAAUUGUACGGAUCGGAAUAUCCUUUGCAGAAUGCCUGGUUUCAGGGGCCCUUCUACUACGAAGAGACUGGAAUGAAGAACAUGGCCAAGUAUUUUGAUAAUGCUUAAUUUGCCCAUAUUUGGGUGACUUUCCAUCAAUGUGCAAAGACAAGUACAAUCAGUACAAAUCAGUUUUUUAAGCCUUGCAGACGCAUCUUAAUUCACUGGAAUUCACAUGCCUGGAAAAACCGGCACCGAUUGUUUACAGCUUGGAGAAA